UCUCUCUCUUUCUCUCUUUCUCUACGGGGGAUAGCUGGGAGGAGACGCUCCCGCUGAAUGUGUUCUCCCUGCAGCGGCUUUACGGUAACGGAGAAGAAGAAACAGGGCACCGCUCUUCUCAGUCACGGAUCCAUUUCUCCGGUGUGAUUUCCAUAACCGCACACUGACCUUUCUCUUUACCGGUGUGUGCCUGCAUCUUGGCUUUUUAUUUUAUUUUUUAUUUUUUUACAUGGAGGCGGAGCGAGGCAUCUUGCAACAAAACUACCAAGCAGAUCUGAUUGAAAACGGUGUGUGUCCCCGACUUGGAUUUAAACCUUACCGAAUGAUCCUAAAAUGAGUCACUCUACACGAGUUGCUGUGUUCACCUCCUCCGUUUCCUGGCCUCGGGGGUACUGAAGAUGCUGCUGGUAGCGCGGGUACCUGUCCUGGUUUCACACCGGCUCGGUUCGUCCCGGUACUGAUCCUGUCCGGUGCUGCGGGGCCCACACAGGAGCCACCAGAGUGAUUUAAAAGAAACUAAACAAGCAGCCUGACAGAUGGAUAACUACUCGACUUUACAACUGCAGUGUCUGGAAAUGACCACUAAGCGAAAGCUGAUUGGCCGGCUGGUGCCGUGCCGUUGUUUCCGUGGCGAAGAGGAAGUGAUCUCAGUGUUGGAUUACUCCCACUGCAGCCUGCAGCAAGUCCCCAAGGAAAUCUUCAGCUUCGAGAGAACUCUGGAGGAGCUCUACCUCGAUGCCAACCAGAUUGAGGAACUUCCCAAGCAACUCUUCAACUGCCAGGCCUUGAAGAAGCUGAGCAUGCCCGAUAACGACCUGUCCAACCUGCCCACCACCAUCGCCAGCUUGGUUAACCUCAAAGAGCUAGACAUCAGUAAAAACGGUAUCCAGGAGUUUCCCGACAAUAUAAAAUGCUGUAAAGGCCUGUCUGUGGUGGAGGCCAGUGUCAACCCUAUAACCAAACUCCCAGAUGGUUUUACCCAGCUCCUGAAUCUGACCCAGCUCUUCUUAAACGAUGCCUUCCUGGAGUAUCUGCCGGCUAACUUUGGCAGACUCUCCAAACUACGGAUCCUGGAGCUGAGAGAGAACCACCUGAAAACCAUGCCAAAGUCCAUCCACAGACUGACACAGUUGGAGAGGUUGGAUCUGGGUAGCAAUGAAUUUUCUGAAGUGCCCGAGGUGUUGGAACAGAUCCACAACCUAAAAGAGCUGUGGCUGGAUAACAACUCUCUACAGUGUAUACCAGGGGCGAUAGGAAAACUUCGUCAGUUGCGGUAUUUUGACUUAGCUAAGAAUCGUAUUGAGACGUUGGACACGGAUAUUUCCGGCUGUGAGUCCUUAGAAGACCUGCUGCUAUCCUCCAACAUGCUGCAGCAACUCCCUGACUCCAUAGGAAUGUUGAAGAAGCUGACUACAUUGAAGGUAGAUGACAACCAGCUGACCUCACUGCCUAACACCAUCGGGAGUGCGAAGCCCAAGCAAGGUCUGUCUUUAUUGGAGGAGUUUGACUGUAGUUGUAAUGAGUUGGAGUCGUUGCCUCCCACAAUCGGCUACCUGCACAACCUGAGGACCUUCACUGCUGAUGAGAACUUCCUCUCAGAGCUGCCGCGGGAGAUUGGUAACUGUAAGAAUGUGACAGUAAUGUCGCUGCGGUCCAACAAACUGGAGUUUCUUCCUGAUGAGAUUGGACAGAUGACCAAACUACGAGUCCUUAACCUCAGUGACAACAGGUUAAAGAAUCUACCGUUUACCUUUACUAAGCUGAAGGACCUGGCAGCUCUCUGGCUUUCUGACAAUCAGUCCAAGGCUCUGAUCCCACUGCAGACAGAAGCCCACCCUGAAACCAAACAGAAGGUUUUGACCAACUACAUGUUUCCUCAGCAACCACGACAUGAUGAGGAUUACCAGUCGGACAGUGACAGCUUUAAUCCUACUCUGUGGGAGGAGCAGAGACAGCAGAGGAUGACUGUGGCCUUUGACUUCGAGGACAAGAAAGAAGAGGAAGACAACUCUGGGAAGGUCAAGGUGGAGAUAAACCUUAAGCGCUACCCAACACCCUACCCUGAGGACCUUAAGAACAUGGUCAAGUCAGUGCAAAGCCUUGUGGGUAAAAGUGUACACGCCGGACAUGGGCACCAGCACCAGAUCCAACACCAGCACCAGCACCAGCUCCAGCACCAGCACCAGCACCAGCACCAGCUGAGCACAGGCACUGCCACCUCGGCAGGAACCAACAUGGAACACACGCACCUUAGCAAAGAACAGUACGAACAACCAUGGCCCCUGCCUCCUAAAGAGGUGACAGACAGAGAGAUGCAGGUCUCUCAGUCUCAGCUAAUGGAUCAGGGAUCAAUGCAUAACUCUGGCAUUGACAUUCCCAAGAGGAAGGAUAAAGAGGACCUGACGGAGAGCUCUGAGGACUCAAUGGGCGGCUCUCCCAACGAUAUCCGCAUCUCUGACAUGAGGCCCACCCUGGUGGAGCCUCCUAUGUACAAACCAAAGGUGGUGCUGCUGGGGAAGGACAAGAAAGAGUCUACAGAUGAAGAGGUGGAUAAGCUUCACUGUCUGAACCACAGCGGCUCCUCGGCCACAUACUCCGACUACUCUCCCUCACAGGGCUCCUCCGGCUCCUCCAACCCACCCGGCAACGCACACUCACACUCACACUCACACUCACACUCACAAUCACACCCACACUCUCACGCACACCCGCACACUCCUGCCCUGCCGGCCCCAAACAAGGACCAGGCUCCUCAAACACACUGGACCAACAGACUGGCUCAGUCUUUCCCCAAACCCAUUGACUCCAAGCCCCUGCUAUCUCAGAGAGAAAUCCCUCCAUCAGGAACCCUGCAGCAGCGUGGGGAUCGACGCCCACUGAGCGAGCCUUUUGAUUGGUCUGAGGCCCCUCACUAUGACAACACAGGUUUUGAUGCUGAGGAGUCUCCUCUGGACCCUCCGUCCUCUACUGGAAGUCAGGGAAACCCACCGCUGGGCUCCAAACCCCGCAGCCAGUCAACACACGGGCGCCGCCCCCUCCUCAGGCAGGAGCGAAUUGUAGGAGUACCUCUGGAGCUGGACACUCAGACGCUCCCCUUCCACGGCAACCAACGCGUUCCGGACAAUGACCCACAAUCUGGACAUCCUUCCCAGAAUCCUUGGCAGAACUGGACUAGAACCCCCAGCCCGCUGGAGGACCGAACCGCGUUUCCCUCCAAACUGGACCUGACGCCCACCUCCAGCCCCAACCCGGACCGCAAGGACAUUGACCCAAGGCUGGAACAAGGCCCAGGCCCUUUGCCCGGCAGCUGGACGUACCACGACAAUCAGGGGGAGCAGAACAGGAAGGAUCAGCUAAGUGUCAGCGGCGGCAACAAGGUGACCGUGGUGAUGAGUAAAAGCUCAGACCGCUUGUCCCCCAUGAUGAGGGAGACGAGAUCUAAGUUUAAGAAGUCACAGAGCAUUGAUGAGAUUGACAUGGGCUCUUACAAGGUCUACAGUAUUCCUGUGGACACCUACAGUUCAUCCAUUGAGCAACAGACUAGUUUGGACCGUCAAGAUUUGCCCGGUUCUAUGGAGCAGACUAACAUGUCACGGUCGCAGUCGGCCCCCAUGUUGGACGAUGAGCUGAUGUUCCCAGGACACGGAGGCAGCAACCAGAACCAGUCAGGACAGAACCAAAAACCUGCCAUCCCACAUAAGGCCUACCACUUCGACCACAACUACAACCCCCAGGUGACCAUGGACCGUCGGGUCCCUCCCCCCUUCCCCAACACACCAGAUUACGUCAACCACUCAUCGAAAGCUUUGGAGUACAUCAAUCAACCAGGGAAGACAUUACCCAAGGAAUUGGUGAGCCCUCGGUAUCGUGCAUAUCCACCUCUGGAGAUGUUUUCUUUUCCGCAAUCACCAAUCAACCAGGAUGGUCAGCCCAGCCAGCAUCAGCAGCCAAUCCCAUCACAGCGCUCCAGGCCAGGGUUUUUGAGGAGAGCAGAUUCAUUAGUGAGCUCUACAGAGCUCGCUUUGUUCCGCAGAGUCCAUGAAGCCCAGCAGGAGGCGCUGCAGGAAGCUCAGUACAGACAGCAGGCAGACCCCCCUCUUUAUGGCAGGGCUCUGGCCUACUCCACGCCCAUGGAGCACUCUGCUCUCACCAACAUGGCUGACAGCCAGAGCCAGAUGAUGCACAACAAGAGAAACGGUCGCUAUGAUGAUGACUAUCCCACCUACCAGGAACAGAAGAAACCCAUGAUUGGUUAUCCGACCAAGAGCCUGACUCAGCGCCGCCCCCUGUCUGCCAGGAGCUACAGUACUGAGACCUACGGAGCAUCUCAGGCUCGUCCAGUGUCAGCUCGUCCCACCAUGGCUGCCCUGCUAGAGAAAAUGCCUCCUGACUACACUCUGGCGACUUGCCCUGAAAAACCAUCUGAUGACACAAUCAAAGUAAGACCUGGCGUACCACUGAAGCCUGAAGACAUCACCUCCAGGAUGCCUGCUGAUUGGAGGCAACAGCUACUUAGACACAUAGAGGCCAAACGAUUGGACAGGAGUGGUGUCCUAAAGCACAACACGCUCACGCUGGGCAUGCUCUGUCAGGGCAGGGGUCACGGCCAGGGGCGCAGCAACACUUUGAACUUUAACCUUUACAAUAACACUAAGCAUGAGCCCGCUGCUGGCCGCUGGCUGCCACUACCUCCUCCUCCAUCUGCUAACGCCACCCCCUCCCAGCAGGCUGCCAUGCUGGAUAAUGACCAGGAGGGGCUGUCAGGAAGCAACCAGUGGGCUCCCUACUCGCUUGGCAGGAGGGACGUCCCACCUGACAACCUCAUGAAAAAGAGUGCCCACUCCCACAACCCUUCCCACCAAUCACACAACACCAUGACAGUCACUUCCUCUUCCUCUUCCUCGUCCACUACGCCUCAUCGUGUGGUCGUGCAGCAGGGCUACGAUGGGAUGAUGAACAAAGGGGGCCAAUACCAACCGGGCAUGCCCUUAUCAGUGGUUCCCUCUGGUGGGCCGGGGCAGUACCAAAGCAACAUGACUCAAGGCCAUCCAGCUUCUGGACAGGGUUACCCCGGCGCCGGCAUGCCCAUGGCCAUGUCUCCGUCUGGGAACCAACCCCAGUACAACCCCCAUUCCUCCCACACUUCCCAUCAGCCUUCCACCAACCCUCAGUACCACGGCAAUCAGGGCAUGGGCCAUAGCAACCAAGGCAUGGUCCAUAGCAACCAGGGCAUGGUUCAUAGCAACCAGGGUAUGGUCCAUAGCAAUCAGGGCAUGGUCCAUAGCAAUCAGGUUGUCAUGACCCACACCAACCCACGGCCUCAGAGUGCUCGUUGCCUGUUGCAGACCAAAGGCCAGAAGAGCACGGAUGGUUUCCAGGAACAGUUGUGUGUGAGAAUAGAGAAGAACCCUGGUCUUGGUUUCAGUAUCUCUGGUGGCAUCAGCGGCCAGGGGAACCCCUUCAAACCCUCCGACAUGGGUAUCUUUGUUACUAGGGUACAGCAUGACGGGCCCGCUGCCUCCACUCUGCAGCCCGGAGACAAGAUUCUGCAGGCUAACGGACAUAGUUUUUUACACAUGGAGCACGAGACCGCCGUCUCUCUGCUGAAGAGUUUCCAGCGGACGGUGGACUUGGUGGUUCUGAGAGACAGCAGCACAUGCUAAAAAAAAAGAAAAAAAAAAGAAAGGUUUUAUAACAAACAAUCUAAAAAACACAACAACGCUUCUCUACUCUGCUCAUCGCCAUCCAAUGCCACCCUCCACCUGCCCUCCGCUGGAGGCUUGUGGAACCGAAAAAUGAGCCGCCUUUUUUACCUUUGUAGGGGAACACACAGACAUUGAUUUGCCUAUUGCUGGACCAAAGGCAAAUACUAGUGCCAAAUGUACCAUCGCAAACAUUUCGGCUCUUCUGUCUACCGGCGGUCAGGGACCUGAUCGACGGCUGGACGGACCACAAGAGGACUCCUUGAGUUCCUACAGGGCUGCUGCAGUUGGAAUUUUGUGGUCGUUAUUAGGCAGUCAUCUGAUCAGUCAGUCUGAAUAGUUUGUUUUUGUUUGGUUAGUUAGCGUUCUGGGGUCUUUUUGCUUUUUUCUCCGCUGCCUUUUAUUUUGCUGUCCAUGAUCGAUUUUGAAUGAUUUGUUUGGUACAGCACAUUAUUCACUUUUCUGUCUUCAUUAUUGUUCUUCUUUGCUUUGUUCUCUUUUCUGUUGUCCUCUAUUCUGUUCUUUUCUUUUGACUUGUAGAUUCUGGUAUUCUCUUUCGUUCCCUGUCUUAUGUUUUAUUAGUUUCUGCUUUUCUUCUGUCUGUUCUGCAGGUAUUAUUGCCUCCAGUGUGAAAAAAUUGAAAACUUAGGACUUUCUGCCUUGUGUACAUAUAUAGAGCUGCAGUUGUCUAGAGCUGCACUGUCCUAGAGGCCUGGACAGACAGCUCUUAAAGUUUAUGAUUAAUAUAAAUAGUGUUGAUAAACCACAUUCUGAAUUCUAUCUUAUGAACAUACAGGGAUUAUUUCUCCAAAUGGACAAUUUUCUAAAAUAUACCACAGAUUUUUUUUUUUUUUCUGUAAAGGAAACACUGUUGAUAGUUCAUUAAUGCUACUCGUUCUUUUUUUUCUUUUCUUUUUUAAACUGUUGCUUGCCCAGCUGUGCCGAAAAGAGCUAAAGCAAUACUUCUGAGGCUCGGCCCACAGUGCCAUCUGUUGAGCAAGUCAUGCUAAUGUUUACACACACUGCCAUGCCCACGAGCUAAUAACAGGCAAACACACAGUAGACGUAUGUGCCCCCCUACACAUAUGCAAUGGUGCGCACUGUGCACUAUUCAUAAUGAAACCCUGUUGAUAUUCUAGCCUGACUUUACAAUUCAACUGCUAUAAUAAAACUCUCUCUCACACACAUACACACAUUGUAACAUUAUCCAUAAUAUCUGUGCCAUAUUUUGAAGUCCUGUUUUCUAGUAUUGUACAGCAUUGGUCCAUCCUUUUUUUUUUUUUAGCUGUUUGAGUUGUACAAUGAAGUCACAGCAUGCUUUCAUGUCAUUGGUCACUGUCAGGCAGCCAUUUUCUGUUUGGCUUCUAGAGUUCUCUACUCUGUAGGAGACUCUAGAUGUAUUAUACCACUGACUUUCAGUAAGACUGAGGUUCUAUGGUUGGGGCCAUAUGGUCCCUCUGCCCCUCCCUGGUUGUAUUUACACAGGCCCAAAACAUCAGAGCUUUACCGCUUUGUGUCCCAGAUUUGAUCUGCACACAGUGAGAGCAGUAGUAGUAGUAGUAGCUUUGGUUAGUAGAGAAAACCGUUUUUUGACAAUUAGCCUGGCCUUCAAAUACAGGUGUUAGCAAGCAUCCGCUCAGCUGAAGUGUCCCGACCUCUGGCCUCCCUGCUGAAAGCAACAAGAGAAACGAUAAUAUCCCUGCAUAAAUCCAUAAUAAUACCGUCUAAAUGGGUAAAUUUGCAGAUUUUCCCUUUUUUAGACAAUCAGGGAAAGAUCUGAACUGUGCCUCAAAGGCUUUUGGCUACACUUGAAAUUUCAGAAAUUUUGUAACCUAAAGAGAUGCUAAUUGACACAUUGGAGCACAUGGAAAUAUUUAGAUUUGCCAUCUUUGUUGGUGAAUGUUCAAAAUGAUAGGUGAAAAUAAUGUUGACUCAGAUGUGGAAACAAAAAUUCUAUGAUAGGUUUCUGGAGCCCGUGUCCAUGUGGUCUAAUAAGAUCAUGGUCAUGCUUCUGAAACUUUAAAGACAUGACAGAAGCAACCACAGAUAAAGCGAGAAGAGGUUCAUUUUCUGUCUUCUGUAAAAUGCAACUCGUGUCUCGAAGACGUUUCAUGACAGUGAGUUUUGUUUUGUUCUGUGUAACAUCUAAUGUUUCAUCCAGAGCAAAACAACAUCAGUUACUGUCCUUUGCUUUUACUUGACAUGACGGUGUCAUGCUGCGCCCAUUUUGUGUCAGCCCUCUUAAUAACCAUUAGAAUUUCAAGUUCAUUCAACAUAAGAGACACAAAAUGGCACAGUUUAGACUUGUGGUUGAGAGACUUCAUCAAGGUACCCACCCAACCCUAUUUAGAGUUUGAAAUAUCAAAGAUAUUGUGAUGAGAACAGAGAAAAAAAGUUUGAUAAUAUAAUUAUUUUUUACUACAUGUUUCAGGUAAUUCUUUCUAAAUAUAUUGAUAUACCUUAGCUUUGCUCAAAAAUUGUGAUAUUUUAUAAUAAUGACACUUAUAACAAAGUUAUGGAUGGAAGUACGCACAGUAUGACUUGGCGACCUACACAUGUACUAUCCAAAACUGUAUAAAAUGUAUUUCUACUGUAAUUGUGAAUUUGUGUUAUACAAAUAUAUAUUAUAUAUAUAUGUAUAUGACUAUAAAAACAGUCAUUUUCUAUGUGUUUAAACUACAUGAGAGCUGAACAAAUGCUGAGGACGGUGUCACUGUACAUAGCUGUGAAUGAAAUCCAAUUUAAAAUGACUCAUAUUGAUUGUGAAUGUACUCAUGCUUUCUGCAGUACCUACACCUACCCAACUUGAAUGCUGCUUCUUCUGUUGUGUGACAAAAAGUACUUUGACCUCCGAAGAGAGAAUUGCUGUCAAGUUAUAAGUUGGACAAAUUUUAGUGACAAUUUAACAGAACUAUUUAUUUAUUUAUUUAUUUAUUUAUUUGCACAUGCAAGUUGAAAUCCUUCCAGUUUUAAGUUUGAGUAUUAACGCGGAGAAUUGUAAUUGCAGAAGUAUAUAUAAUAUAUAUCAUGUGUUUAGAAUGCAUUUUGCAGACGCUAUCUGUACAUACUAUUUAAGAUACAGUUUUUACAAAAAAUAAUAUAUGUAUAAAAUUGAAAAAAUGCUGUGCAGCAAUUAUACUGGAGCCAUUUUGGGCUUUGGGAAGUACCAUUUUUUCAGUAUAUAAGAAGUGUUUUGAAUAAUGUACUAAAGUCUCUAUUGUACAAACAAUAAAAAUGUCACUAUUGGUAAUCUGGGUUCCUCCUGGUGCACUGAGCUCUGUCCUUAGGGAUAUAUCUCUUUCUGCUCCCCUAUGCAUCUUUAUUGUUGACACAGAGAAUAAUUUAAGAAGAAAAAGGUGAAUGAGAUUUAAGAAGAAGGACAUGGGGUAAAUAUCGUGAUUUAAAAAAUCAUGAAGGAAUGAAGUGCUAAGGACAUAUUAAGAGGGAUG